CUCACAUCAUCAUAAGUUGUUUUGAUAUUUAAAGUUUCCAUAAAUAUCAAAGUUUCCUUGUAAUAAAAGAAGUAUUUCUAUUCACCUCCUCCAUGAGGUAAAAAAAUUAAGGCUGGUGGCCCUUAACCCAACAAAGCGGCGGACAAAAGCAAAAAGCAACGUUAAUGAGGUCACAGAAAGUUUCUUAAUUUUGCAGAGUUAUCAACAAACAACUGCAGACUCUCCACUUUUCUCCUUGGUUUGACGAAGAACUGGAGUCUCUUCGCUCCUCCCAUUUUUGAAUCGGUCAGGAUGUCCUGCUUCCUCUGCUCUCAAGUUCUGCCCACACCCAUCCCGUCGACAGCCUCCUUGGAUAAUAACGAAACCAGAAAAAUAGUACCAAUCUCGCUCCUGCUGGAAUUGCUGUCGUCGUCGUCGUCACCAUGUUCGCCAACAAUGUGUCGUCGUCGCAGGAAAAUUACUCCACCCUUUGGCAAGAAUUUGGACAGCUGUGAAUUUUGUCUAGAUUGUGCCCCCAUGAUAAGCGAGAUGGAAGAAAUCCGGCACAAGAUGUCCAUCCUGGAGGGACAGAUGGGGCAGAAAAUUUCGAAAAUUCAAGACACCCUGGCGAAUUCUAUAUCCGUAGGGGGACAAAGUGGGGACCAGAUUAUGCAGCUGAGGACAAGUAUACUCAACAUGAUGAUGGGAGAGAAUAAUGAACAACGGGGGGACGGCCACAUUGUGCUGGAAGACGUCCCCCCAAUCAAAGUUGAAGCGGACGAGGGAAAUCUGUUCCUUGAUGAAAAUUAUGAAACUUUUGAGUACCCUGUUUCCUCCAUGGAUCACACUCAUGGGGAGACUGACCCCUUGAAGUGUGAGGGUAGCGACGACGAUGACGAGUCAGCCUUCUGCAUCCAACCAGAACCCCGAAGGAGACCUGUCAAACCCAAAACUAGGCGGGGGCGACCUCCGGUCAAGGUCAAGGUCAAUAAAGGUCAAGCAGUACGAAAGGAAAAAAGUUUCUCUUGGGGUCAAAUCCAAAGAAAACAAUAAUUCCCCUCUUGACCGAAAACGUUGUUCAAAUCGUCCCAAAAAGAAAGUUGUUCUUCAAAAAGUUGCUGUCAAAACGACCUCCAAAAAUGUUAAAAAGAUUAAAAACCGAAAAAUUCUAAUUUGUCCCUCUCCCUACUGCGAGAAAUCCUUCGUCGCCGAGUACACGCUGAACUAUCAUAUCGCCCGACAUCACCACAUUCCUUGUCCCGAGUCCGGUUGUUCCGCCAAGUUUGGCUCUGAGAAGGAAAAAAGGGCCCACAUUAAGGACGCCCAUGGAACCAAGGUCGCCCCCAAGACGUCGUCCCACCCCGACCACGACCACGUGUGUCACAUUUGCAGGAAAAAAUUCAUAAGUAACGACUCCCUCAGGUCACAUGUUCGAAGAAGGCACGAUGAAUCGAAACGUCCCCAGUGUGAAACGUGUGGAGAAAAGUUUUUGCAUGAAAGUACUCUCCAAUCUCAUCGUGUCAGAGAACAUGGGGCUGACCAUUUGGUGUGCGAGGAGUGUGGAGCAAUUUUCUCGUCUCAGCUAGGAUUACGACAACACAAGUGGAGACACUCGGGGAUAAAGCCGCACAAAUGUGAGCAAUGUGGCGCCUCCUUUUCCAUCAAGAGAGACCUCGACCUUCACUUGUCGUCUCACUCAAGCCAGCGGCAAGACCCGUGCCUCCACUGCGACCUCGUGUUCAAGAACAAGGAACAAGUCCGCGCGCACGUGAAGCGGAUCCACACCGUCGGCUAUGUCACGCCCACCCCGCACAAAUGCGCCCAAUGUGGAAAAUCCUUCCAGUACCCGGUCCACCUGAGGGCGCACGUGCUCCAAGUGCACACGGGAGAGCGGCCCUUCAUCUGCGCCCAGUGUGGAAAGGGCUUUGCGAGCAAGUCCCUGUUAUCUGUGCACUUGAAGAGGAAAUGUGGUGGUGAUGUCGUCCCUGUGAAGAAAGAUAGGCUCCCGAGGUCGAAGAGGGACUCGUUUCAGGAGGAAGAAGUGGAUUGCUAAUUUGUUUAAUUAGUGUAUUUUGCAGUGUUUAAUGUGGUUUUUACCAUCCCUUUUUCCUACAAUAAAAAGUUAUCCAUGUAAACCUCAUUGUAUGAAUGCAUACAUAUGUAUUUUGGCGAUAUGAUUAAACACUUUGCAUACAUA